UUUUUUCUUUUUUGUUUAAAUGUGGCAGCUUCUUCACUUUCCCUCCUACAAGAAAAUUUGAAGUUCCACUUUGCAAAGCUUGUGAUAUUUCAUCGCACGUGUAUGCCAAGUUCAAAGCUCCUCUCUAUCAGCAAUGGACCCUUCCAAUAACACAGAAACGGAAGAUGAAACCAUUGCGUUCAAAAAGAAGAGAGCUCGCCGUGUUAGUUUCGCCGACAAUGAGAUUACCUCCGUUCACAUCUUUCGCAGGGACGAUGAAGACUCUGAAUCGCCUCUCGAAUCCACCAAACCCUUCUCUCCCACCGACGGGAAAAGUCCGGAGAACGAAGUUCUAGGGUUUUUUAGGGACUUGGCCGGUGAUAGCGAUGAGGAGGAUCUCAAAGAGUUGUCGACCCCGCGCAAUUCAGGCGGGAAUGGCAACGACAAUGAUGACGAUGGUGAAUCUGUGAAUGUGAGAAAGUCCUUCCUGAAACCAAUUGGUUCUCCUUCUCCGGGCAGUAGCACUGUUGGCUCCGUCGCCUCAACUGACAAUGAAGAUGAAUUUCAUGGACCUGUAUCUGCAAGUUUCAUCAGACCUGGGGAGCUCUCUGACUCUGCCGCUUCACAUGAUAAUCAUGAUCUUACGAUGGAUUCAACUGCAUUUUCAUUGCACUACCGUAGUCUUGCUUGUUCAGAUACUGGAGAUCUUAAGACCCCUACUAGAUUUGCCGUUCCAUUUGAAGAGAAAACUCCUAGCCAAACUUCUGGCCCCACUGCAUCAGGAAGUUUUAUGGAACUUACUAAAGUUACCAGGCUGUCUCCUCAGCCCUUAGUUCCUGCUGAUACAUCAUGUGUUAGUAAAGAUUCAAAUGAUAUGAGUAUUGUGGGAGAAAACCCACGUAGAUUUGAUUAUGACAGACUUUCUCCUUCAAUAGAAUCAAUUUUAGCAGAAGGAAGCAAGGAUUUGCUUGUUGCCCCCAAGUUAGAUUCUAAUGGCUCAGGUUUAUCAAAACCAAGUAAGGCAUCUCCAAUUAGGAAGAACAACAAUGGGGUGAGGAGCCAAUCAGAUUCAGCAAUAAAUGAUGCUCCAAAACAUGAAAUGUCAUUGCCUCCAAGAAAAUUGGAUGAGAUAAAUAUAUCUUUCAAGAGCUCUCCUAUUAAUGAAAUCACCAGUAUUCUCUUAUUUGAUGAAGGUGAUAAUACAGUUGCUGAUGCUUCCAUCAACAAAAUCCAAAGCUCUGAUUGUACAAUCAAUGGAACUAGGGAGUCUGUUAAAGAAGCUGUUGGGCCAGCCAAAAAGCAAUUAGGCUUUACUGGUGCUAGUAUGAAAAGCCUACCAGAGGUUGAUGAUUGCUUGGAGGUGUCAGCAAAGCAUGAUCUUGGAUAUCACUAUCUAAAUGAAAACCAGGUGAAGGAAAUUAAUCUGAAAGAAGCAAUGCAUUUAUCUGACAUUGAUCACAAUCAAGUAGAUGAAAAUCCAAUACAGGGAUCAACACCAUCAACAUUUUCUGGAAGAGAGCCGUUAUUAAUGGUUUCUCCUGAUUCAUCUAGACCUGCUGGAGCUAAUACUCCUUCAUUAAAUCUGCCAGGUACCUUAUUACUUGGCAAAUAUGUAAGAAAUGGAGAGACUCCAUCAUCUAUACGCAAAAGCAUUUCCAAGUUGAAAAAUCCUGGGACUUCUGGGACAUCAAGUCUUAGAGAGGGAAUAGACAGAUCAAAAAGAAGGUUAUCAAAAUACUCUAUGGGGUCUACACCUGUUAAUCUGAAAGACAAUGAGCACAAAUAUAUUGGCAAUCUCAAUACUCAUUUGGAGAACCAGCUGAUUAUUGUUACUCCAGAGAAUAUAGGGCAACAGAAUUUGGCCAAAAUGGAUGUUCAUGGGGCUGAAUCAUUAAUGAAUUUGGGCAAAUUUAGUCAAAAUGAAGAGACUGUGUUCUCCAGAAAGGCAGGAGAACUUUACUGUUGCAGUACUGCUGACAUUUCUCAUGAUAAUAAAAAUCCCAAGCCAGUGGAAAUGGCUGCUUCUCCCUCAUAUAUGCUUCAUUCAACAGCGAAAAAGAUAAAUUUUGACCUGGCAGAUGGCACAGUUGAGACAAUAAAAGAUGAAAAUGUGGUUUAUAUGCAUAAAAAAUGUUCUUCCCCUUUGGAAUUAUUGGACCAAUGGUCAUCACCAUCCUUAGAGAGCCAAAAGAAUUGCUUUAGCAAGUUUAAACAGCUAGAUCAGCAGAAUGCUUCUGCUUGUAGCGGCUCAGGGCAUUUUGAUGAAGGUAGCUCUCUGGCUACGGCAGCUAAACAUAUGGAUAUGCCCAUAUCUACAAACAAUGAAAGCUCAGCUUUUGAAGUUGCAGAUGUCGUCCCAUUUUCUAAGGCUAUGUACAGGAAUAAUUCAGCUGAGUGUCUGGCUGAGAAAGCACAAGUUCUGAGCGCCAAUACAGAAGGUGUGAAACAAAGUCCAAUCCAUGAAGCAUCAAUUUUGUUACCUCUUGUGGAAGGGCUGCCCAGUGAAUCACCUCACCACAACUCAGAUGGUUCCAAUGUUAGCUGCCAUCAGGUGCUACAAACCCGAGUAGCUGACAGCCCUUCUAAUGAAUUUUGUGUGGAAAAUCAUUCUGGGAAGAAAAGAAAAGAAACCAAACUACUAAGGGAAGACAACACUGUAGAUAAAAUGAGGAGAAUUGAUGGUACUUCACAGGUCCAUGCAAAUGAGAAUAUGGAUUUACAGAUAAUCUUGCAUCAGUCAGAUGAUAUAAGAAGUGAUAGAGAGAAGCUUGGAAAACAGACGUUGAAAAAUCAUGUCAAUAUUCUAGGAAAAUUCUCAGGGAGUACAACAUAUUUGCUUGGUCCGUCAUCAAAUAAGCUAAAUUUGAAAAUGAUUGGCAUGCUGGAAGAUGUUUUGGUUCAUCUGUGGAGGGUUAAAAAAUUUGAGAUUCUUUGUGCGGAAAUUCAUUCUCAGCAGAAAAUAACCGAGCCUCUAAGCAUUCUAAGUCAUAGAAAAGUUAUGGAAACAAGAAUGGUGCUGUAUAGCAUAGCAUAUGAGAAGGCCAAACUGCAACUAAUGCAUAUGAAGCGUGAGAUAUUACAGCAGAAAAGGGUACAGCAGUUGACCUCUGCACUUCAGGAGUGUCAAAAAUUGAAGCCAACUUGUGCUUCAUUUUCAUCUAAAAUUUCCAAUAAUGCUCCAUCUAAGAGUCUCAUCCUUUCUAGCUUGGUCAGUUCUGAAGGAAAAUGUCAGGCAAUAUCGUUGGAGCUUGAAGCUUUGGUUCAUGAGGCAAAAUCCUUAACUAAAUUCCUUCAUAGUUGUUGCAAGUUGGAGUAUGAUCAGAACAGUGCUGAUUCUAUAACACUAUUUCAUGAUUAUUUGAAGAAGCGAAUGUCUUAUAAGCUUAUAUCAAGAAAUCUGCAGUUGUGGGAGAUUGAAAAUCUUGAGCAUAGGGAUGCUUGUUACGAAAUUGUUCUCAACUAUUGCGGUUGCAUCAUCCAGAGGUUACUAGUACUUACUGAUUCAUCAACAAUAAUAAUCUCCAACAAAUUGAAUGAUCAAAAUAUUUUGAAGAGCUUUCCAAACAUGGAUGCGUUUGCAGCUUUUGUGUUUGUCUUAAAUCCUGAUACCACUAAGAAAUGCAAUGGUUCAAGAUGUUUGGUACGAGAAACACAGAUGACAAGUUCACUUCUGUGCAAUCUGCUUGAUGUGAUUGAGGAGGUUCAGUUAGCUCGCAUAGAGAUCAGAAAUUUGGUGCAAGUGAAAUUCUAUUCUCAAUCAGUUGACCAGCUUGAGUUGCUGCUGUCUUUCGUUGACUUCAGUACUGGCAGAAAGUUUAAAGUAGUUUUUGAUAUGGCCUGCUUGAAAUGCAGUGGGGUCUAUCCAAUGGAGAUUCUUCCAUCUCAUAUAUCUUAUGUUGCUGAUGUGGAACAAAAGUCUCUUUCUAGGUCGCUUGAAGUUGAUAUAAGAACAGCAACUGAGAGAGUGACUGUCGGUUAUUCAAGACUUAUGAAGCUUUGUAGGAGUAUUUCCCAGGUAGUUAUGACUUUAGGGUCUAGCACAUGAUCAACGUCUUGUUGAAUUUAUUUUGUUAUUCAUUUAUGGGAGACAUAGGUUCUUGUUGGGUUGUAUCUUGGCCUUGCGUGGAUACUAUACUGAUUGACAUUCAUCAGGUCGAUGAUUCAUCUAUAACAGAAGAUAUUGUAUGAGGCUUGGACUUGCGUAGUGUCCAGUUCAGGCAUAGAAUUGGUUCUGCUGGUUUUUGACUGGUCUAGUUGCUCUUUGACCGGUUCUAUGCUUGUCCAGUUUUGGUCAUGUACGUGACUAGACUGAGGAACCAGUCAAUCUGAUCUCAUUUUUGAA